GGCUUCAGGUCAAACUGGUCUUACCCUAUAAAUAGUCAGCAGCCCCCUUCGCUGAACCUAGACCAUCACCAUGUUCGGGUUUGUGUUCCUCACUUUGCUCCUGGGCUAUGCCUACAGCUGCGGCGUCCCUGCCUACCCACCUUAUGUCACCCGGGUGGUCGGAGGUGAAGAUGCCAAUCCCCACAGCUGGCCCUGGCAGAUUUCCCUCCAAUACGACAAAAGUGGCGUCUGGGCUCACACAUGUGGCGGGACCCUUAUUGCUACCAACUGGGUCCUCACUGCGGCCCACUGCAUCAGCAGCAGCAGAACAUACCGAGUUCUACUGGGGAAACAAAACCUGGAGGUCGAGGAACCUGGCUCUGUGGCCGCUGCUGUGGAGAAGAUCAUUGUCCAUGAGAAAUGGAACACCUUCCUGAUCGUCAACGAUAUUGCCCUGAUCAAGCUGGCUGAACCCGUGGAAGUGAGUGAGACGAUCCAGCCUGCCUGCCUGCCCGCAAGCGGCGCCCUCUUGACGCAAGACUUCCCCUGCUACGUCACCGGAUGGGGACGCCUCUGGACCAACGGCCCCAUCUCUGAUGACCUCCAGCAGGCACUGCUGCCUGUGGUGGACCAUGCCACUUGCAGUCAGUGGGACUGGUGGGGCUCCAGGGUCAAGGAAACCAUGGUCUGUGCCGGAGGAGAUGGAGUCGUUGCUGGAUGCAAUGGAGAUUCUGGAGGCCCCCUGAACUGCUAUGGUGCUAACGCUUGGGAAGUACAUGGCAUUGUGAGCUUUGGGUCUGGGCUGAGCUGCAACACUCGUAAGAAGCCAACUGUCUUCACCCGGGUGUCUGCCUACAUCGACUGGAUCAAUGAGAAAAUAAAUCUCAACUGAAGAGUCCAGCUCGUUUCAUUGAUUGUAAAUCCCAGGAAACCCUAAUAAAUUGUCUCAUCAUAA